AUGGCGGAGUCGGAUGGAGGGGAUUUUGUCUCGACUCUUUCCCAGAACAGUAUGGCUAGCCCCCUGCGCUGCACCUUCUCGGCCCCCGGUCACAGCACUCUUCUUCUUCAGGGCCUCUCUGCGCUCAGAGCUCGCGGUCAGCUGCUGGACGUGGAGCUGUCAAUCAACCAGGAGAGCUUCAGAGUCCACAAGGCGGUUCUGUCGGCCUGCAGCGACUACUUCAGGUCAGUGUGGGUACUGCAGGUCAGUGUGGGUACUACAGGUCAGUGUGGGUACUGCAGGUCAGUGUGGGUACUGCAGGUCAGUGUGGGUACUGCAGGUCAGUGUGGGUACUGCAGGUCAGUGUGGGUACUGCAGGUCAGUGUGGGUACUACAGGUCAGUCUGGGUACUACAGGUCAGUGUGGGUACUGCAGGUCAGUGUGGGUACUACAGGUCAGUGUGGGUACUGCAGGUCAGUGUGGGUACUGCAGGUCAGUGUGGGUACUGCAGGUCAGUGUGGGUACUGCAGGUCAGUGUGGGUACUACAGGUCAGUGUGGGUACUGCAGGUCAGUGUGGGUACUGCAGGUCAGUGUGGGUACUGCAGGUCAGUGUGGGUACUACAGGUCAGUGUGGGUACUACAGGUCAGUGUGGGUACUGCAGGUCAGUGUGGGUACUACAGGUCAGUCUGGGUACUGCAGGUCAGUGUGGGUACUGCAGGUCAGUCUAGGUACUUCAGGUCAGUGUGGGUACUGCAGGUCAGUCUGGGUACUGCAGGUCAGUGUGGGUACUGCAGGUCAGUGUGGGUACUACAGGUCAGUGUGGGUACUGCAGGUCAGUGUGGGUACUGCAGGUCAGUGUGGGUACUGCAGGUCAGUGUGGGUACUGCAGGUCAGUGUGGGUACUGCAGGUCAGUGUGGGUACUACAGGUCAGUGUGGGUACUACAGGUCAGUGUGGGUACUGCAGGUCAGUGUGGGUACUGCAGGUCAGUGUGGGUACUGCAGGUCAGUGUGGGUACUGCAGGUCAGUCUGGGUACUACAGGUCAGUGUGGGUACUACAGGUCAGUGUGCGUACUGCAGGUCAGUGUGGGUACUGCAGGUCAGUGUGGGUACUGCAGGUCAGUGUGGGUACUGCAGGUCAGUGUGGGUACUACAGGGCCAUGUUCACCGGUGGGAUGCGUGAGUCGACGCAGGAGGCCAUCGAGCUGCGCGGUUUGUCGGCGCGCGGCCUCAAACACAUCAUAGACUUCGCGUACAGCGCAGAGAUGCUGCCGGUGGUAGAGCUGUGCGAGGAGUUCCUGAAGUCGGCCAUGAGCGUGGACACGUGUCUGCACAUCGGGCAGAUGGCGACCGCCUUCAGCCUGGCGUCGCUGAAGGAGUCUGUGGACACUUUCACCUUUAGACACUUCAGGCAGAUCUCGGAGCAGGAGGAUUUCCUCCAGUUGCCGCUGGAACGCCUGCUCUUCUUCCUUCAGAGCAACAAGCUGAAGGCGUGCAGCGAGCUGGACCUGUUCCACGCCGCCAUCCGUUGGCUGCAGUUUGAGGAGGACCGGCGUGCUCAGGCCAGUGCCGUGUUGAGCCACGUGCGCUUCCCGCUGAUGCGCUCGUCGGAGCUGGUGGACUCUGUGCAGAAGGUGGACGUGAUGGUGGAGGACGUGGAGUGUCGACAGUUCCUCCUCGAGGCCUUUAACUACCAGAUCCUGCCGUUCCGCCAGCACGAGAUGCAGUGUGCGCGCACGCUCAUCCGCUCAGACGUGCUGUCGCUCAUCACGUUCGGAGGAACGCCGUACACCGACCACGACCGCACGGUGAGCAGCCGCGUGUACCAGCUGCCCGACACCUCUGCGCGCCACUUCAAAGAGCUGACGGAGAUGGAGGCGGGCGUCAGCCACGCCUGCGUUGCCGCGCUCGAUAACUUUGUGUAUGUUGUGGGCGGGCAGCACCUGCAGUACCGCAGCGGCGAGGGAGCGGUGGACUCUUGCUACAGAUACGACCCGCACCUCAACCAGUGGCUGCGCAUCCAGAACCUGCAGGAGGCGCGCAUCCAGUUCCAGCUGAACGUGCUGCACGGCAAGCUCUACGCCACCGGGGGGCGCAACCGCUCCGGCAGCCUGUGCUCGGUGGAGGUGUACUGCCCCAAGAAGAAUGAGUGGAGCUACGCGCAGCUGCUGAAGCGCAGAGUGUGGGGCCACGCCGCCGCCACGUGCGCAGAGCGACUGUACGUGUCCGGAGGAUACGGCGUGUCGCUGGACGACAAGAAGGCGCUGCACUGUUACGACGCGCAGAACGACCAAUGGGAGUUCAAAGCCCCCAUGACGGAGCCGCGUGUGCUGCACGCCAUGGUGAGCUGCGGCGAGCGUGUGUACGCAGUGGGCGGGCGCAUGGACCACGUGGACCGCUGCUUCGACGUGCUGGCGCUGGAGUGUUACAGUCCGGAGAGCGACUCGUGGAGCGCGCUCAGCCCCAUGCGCGUGGGGCAGUCGGAGGCGGGCUGCUGCCUGCUGCAGCACCGCAUCUACGUGAUCGGAGGAUACAACUGGCACCUGAACAACGUGACGAGCGUCGUGCAGGUCUUCAACACGAGGACCGACGAGUGGGAGCGCGACCUGCACUUCCCAGAGUCCUUCGCCGGCAUCGCCUGCACGCCCAUCAUCCUGCCGCAGAGCGCGCAGCUCUGA